AUGAGCACAGUGUUUACAGCAGAAGAGGUUGCGGCCCACAACACUAGAGAUGACUUGUACAUUGUUUACAAAGGAAAAGUGUACGACUGUGGAUCAUACUUGGAUGAACAUCCAGGAGGAGAAGAGGUGAUUCUGGACUGUGCUGGAACCGACGCCACUGAACCAUUUGACGAUAUCGGACACUCCGAGGAUGCUCUCGAGAUUCUUGGAGGUCUUGUUGUCGGAGAACUCAAGGGAGGCGCUACUAUGAAGCCAGCUGCAGCUGCUAGUUCGUCGUCGUCGUCUGGCUCGUCGUUCCCACUAAUUGCUGCUGUUGGUGUUUUGCUCGCAGCAGGUGCAUUCUUCCUUCUUAAGAAAUAG